AUGCAUCAAGAGCCUGGUGGCCUUGUUGCGCGAGGUUUGCCGACCUUCACUCCGCGCGUGCUACCGAUUCUAACAUCGACAGACUUCGAUGACGGGAUCCUCGGUCGGCUGCCGCUCGACCUCUUACACGCCGAAAUCCAGCGACGACAAGAUGCUCCUGCCAAACCCCCCUGCGGCACGGAGGGAAGACAGGGAUCCUACAAUAUGGGAGUCCAUGUCUUUGCCGUCUUCCUCAUCCUGUCACUAAGCACAUUCGCAUGCUCUUUACCUAUCAUCGCCCGACGAUUCCCCCAACUCCCGAUCCCUCAUCGAUUUCUCUUCCUCUCGAGACAUUUUGGAACGGGCGUCCUGAUUGCAACCGCGUUCGUUCAUCUACUUCCGACCGCAUUUAUAUCCAUGACCGAUCCAUGUUUACCGGAUUUCUGGAAUCAGCAAUACCCGGCGAUGCCGGGAUUGAUUGCCAUGAUCUCGGUAUUCGUGGUGGUGUCAAUUGAAAUGUUUUUUGCGGGCAAGGGCGCAGGACAUUCUCACGGCGAAUGGGAUACAAUAGCAGACGGACAAGGUGAAUCCGGUUUCGGCAAUGGGCAUAUCGCUUUGAAUCAAUUAGAUAUCCCAGUGACACCAGAACCCUACACCGACGGCACACCCAAGCCACGACAUUCCGCAUCGAGCGACUCGACCGACGAUCUUGAUGCCUUGGAUCCAAUGGCAGAGGAAUCGGCUACUCUAAGUCAUCCGCACCGACGGAAAAUAUCACAACACGACCGUCAAGACCACGGUCCCCACUCCAACGAACGAAAUCCUCAAAGACUAUUCCUCCAAUGUCUCCUCCUGGAAGCCGGUAUUCUGUUCCAUAGCAUAUUCAUCGGCAUGGCCGUCUCCGUCGCUACGGGAACACCAUUCGCCGUCUUACUCAUUGCCAUCUGCUUUCACCAGACUUUUGAAGGAUUCGCGUUAGGCUCACGAAUCGCAACAUUGAUUCCGGCGCUGUUUGAAGCUAGCAGCCCCAAACCCUGGCUCAUGGCCUUCGCAUACGGCGCCACAACUCCCAUCGGCCAAGCGAUUGGAAUCUGGAUGCACGCGCUCUAUGACCCGGCUUCGAAGGUGGGACUGCUGAUGGUUGGAAUCACCAAUGCGAUCAGCAGUGGAUUACUAUUAUUUGCCGGACUGGUGCAAUUGGUUGCGGAAGAUUUUCUCAGUCAUAGAAGUUAUGCGACGUUGAAAGGACGAAGGAGAAUUGAGGCCUGUUUGGCAGUGGGACUAGGUGGGCUUCUCAUGGCUAUUGUGGGUGCCUUUGCAUGA